GAAAAAGUGAUGGCUUGUUGCUGAUGAUAGAGAGGUAACGAAUUGCACGAGUGAUGAACAAGAUCUAAUCAGUGGAAUACGAGAAUAAAGAACUAGCGCUCCGUCUGUGACGUCUUCAUCUAAAAAAAAGUCUUCACAAACCAAGCAUCGAUAGAACUAGUGCAGUUUCGAAUGCGAUGUUUUCUUAGUGCCUAGUGUCCAGACAGAGAACAAUUAGCUAGCAAGAAUAACGAAGGAAAUCGAAAUUAUUACAUUUCUCUUCACCCGCGAAGUAAAAAUAUCCUGAAAUCAUGCCGCCUGUCCCUGACAACCCCGCGGGCGGGAGCUCUGCCUCCUCGUCCUCGGCAGCCGCCUUGCCGAUGAAUCCGGAUUACCACACAUUUGAUGCGAUACUGGACGGUGCUGCGACAUCAAAAACCGGCGACCACGCACCCGGUUCCUCGAGAGGACCAAUUUCGACAACAUCCUUCCUGGCACAGAACUCCGCCAGCAGGAAUAAGAAAAAACCGGUGGACCUCUCGAACCUGCUUCCGGAAAACAUGGAUCAGAUAGACUCAGAGUCGCGCCCCGCGGGAGGAGGGAGGAGUAACAAUCUGAAAAAUAAAAACUCAGCGGCGCGUAGCGGUCCCUACGGCGCCAAAUCUACUACGUCGUCUGGUGCUCCUGCCCAGAUGUUGACCACCGCAGGAGAGCAGAUGAAUACGGCACAGAGAAAGCAGGCCAGUGGGAAAGCGAAAGCGAGGCCGAAAAAUAGUAGUAAUCUCGGGAUGAACAAAAGUUCCACUCGGGGCGGCGGGAAUGGAACCUCUUCCAGGACCACGACAGAUGUUUACGGGAGUUCGAAACGAAAAAUUCAUCCCGACACGGUAUCAUCUGCAAAUAUGUGCUCUGGGUAUGAAAAAGUGGAACUUGUGAUGCUUGCCUUGCAUUUGCAUUUCUGUAAAGUCUGUGUUGCAUACUUAGCCGAGGACACAAGCAAAGCGUCUUUUGUCAUGCAGAUGAAACGGACGCAGCUUCCCUCCUCGAUAUGCGCACAAAUGAUGAUGACGAACCAGGAGCGGUCUUGUUCUUUCAAAAAACUUGUCAUGCUUGGCUGCAGUUAAAGAGAUGUGCCAGAAAUUUUCCAGAACACGUCGAGAGGACAUGUUUGCAUUGAAUACACGGAGGAGCUUUACAACGCAUGGCACGGCGAGCACAACUAUGAACAAGAGAAACAGCUCUCCGAUAGUCUGAAAAAGUACGCGAAUGAAAACAUUGACAAGUCCGACCUGCUGCACAUGGCUUCGAAGUUCUUGGACAUUUUCGACGUGCUGCGGCUCCGCUGCGUCAACAAGGACAUGUACAAAAUCAAGCCGGAUAGCAGGCAGUUGAAAAUGAAAAUGAUCAAGAAGCUCGCCCGCAUUUUAGACUUCGGCGCCAACUGUCCCCAGCUGGAUUUGAAUGUGAAGAUGGCAAACGAGUGCCCGGGAUUCUACACAAACCACUUUGAUCGGGAGGGGACGCCGUAUUUUGAUAGAAUUGGUUUUUUCUUUCUACUGUAUGUCGCAUCUGUAUCAAGAGUGGGUGCAGCUGUCGUGUAUCACAAGGAACAAGUCGGGUGUUGUUUUCAGCUGCGGGUUUGUUCAGUACUACCCAGCACAAUGUUUUUGACACUUGAAUGAAAUGUCGACAGAACGAACCCUGUCAGGUUUAUGCGCGGUGUCUGCCUGUAUACCUCCGACGAGCGAAUGCGAUGCUCCUGGGUCGAGCGCUUAUCAACUGCAAAUUGAUAUGUCUGGGUCUGGAAAGACGCUGCAGCGAAUUUGUGUUGCUGAGUUUUGCAUGGCAGAGCGAUCUUUUGUACGGCGUCCGCGCAUCGCAAAUUUUGCAGGUGGUAUUGCGAGUUCUAUGGUGUUUUGCAUGACAAUCUGAGUUCCACAGCAUGACAAAAAAAUCAGCUCGAUCGUGUUCAUGCAUCACAAAUGCUCGCUAUCCUUCAAAGUUCGCAUCACAAACCCAGACCGGCAUACAUAUUUGCAUUGGAUAGCGCUACCUGUUCUCUGAUCUGGCGGAGUGGAACCCGGAUCCCGCGAAGGAACCUUUCGAUAUCCAUUGCAAUAAACAUGCCUAGGUCUGGAAACUUGUAAUGCUGAGUGGCGAUCAUGAUUGAGCAUACUCCUGCUUGCAGCCAAGCAUGACAAAAUUUUCGAAUUCCAGUUCCUCAUGCGUAGUGCGCAUUAGAAGCUGCGCGUUUCUUGCAUGACGGAAGAAGCAGAUUCCCUAUCCCUUUUGUUGCUGAUGCAAUACAGAUUUUACAGGAAUCCAAGACACGCAAUACAGGUUCCACGCUACUUCCAGACCCAGACAUCUUUGCAUUCGAUAUUCGAAUCGCUGAAGCGACUCUGGGACUUUCAGACAAAACGGAAAGUCGGCGGAGUAGCUUCUACUACCCUUUUGCUUGUAAUUUUGCUAUACUUCUAUCUUGGUGUAAUCUUCGUCUUCGAAUCAGGAAGAAUUUUCGGUAAUUUGAAUUUUUUGUUCGCAAAGUGGUUGCUUGAAGAUGCUGUUUGUCAUAAGCAGACAUGUAUGUGCUGUUGUGACUGAUCAUUUUCGUUCUUCGUUCUUCACAGCGAAGAAGAAGAUCAUGAUGCGGGGAAGAAAAUUCAAGAAGCUACGAACGUGUUUUUCUACUAAAACAGAACGACGCCGUGCCGAAUCGCACAUGGCAAGUCGAGUUUGUGAAACCGCGGCGGUGGCAGGAGAUUGUGCAGGCCAGCUGCCCCUGGAAGGUCAAGCUGCUCGCGCUGGUAUGCAGGAAGAUAGAAGCUAUCGUCUUAAGGCACGUUUCAGUUCCCUUCUGGAAUAUCAGGACUGGAGAGCUUCGUAUAACAGAGGUGCGACUUGGGACAGUCGUUAUCCAAUGUAUGCAUGGAGGAGAGACGUCGAGGUCUUUCUAUUCAGUACUCUCUGCAUGAUCCUGCAUGUUUUGGCACAAGGAGCGCCACAAGUAGUAACUGCAUCACCUUGUUCACGAAAUUGUACUGAAGACGAUGAAAGUUUUGACUACGGGCAUAUUGCUUCUACCACCACCACGCCAGCAAUCCCACGAAAGUCGAAAUUAAGCAGACGCUCCUCAACCUGCUCAUGCGCGAGAUCGGCCACGAGAUGCAUCUAUUGGGGAUUUUACUCGAUCCGCUGACACAACCUUUGUAGGGGAGAGUAGAAAUAAGGACCAAGUGAAAUAAAACGCUUUCUUCUUCGCGCCAGAGGACAGAUACAGACCCAGACUCCUGUUUUGGGGAAAUAAAAGAAUCGAGGGUUGUAAUUCCCAUAGCAGGAAAACGAGAAAUAGGAAGAUUCCACGGGAGCAAUUCUCCUGUAGUUGCACCUCUAUCGGAUGGUGACACUGCAU